GGGGCGGGGCGGGCUGCGCGUGGCCCCGGAAGGGGAAGCGGCGGUGCGUGCGGCGCGGCCAUGGCGCGAGAGAAGCAGCCCGAGGCGGCGGCGGAGGCGGAGUCCGCCCCGGAGCGCUCGUACCGGGAGCAGCUGGGCAACCUGAACCCCAUCGCGCAGCCGCUCGCCUCGCGCAAGCUCACGCGCAAGCUCUACAAGUGCAUCAAGAAAGCGGCCAAGCACAAGCAGAUCCGUCGCGGCGUGAAGGAGGUGCAGAAGUUCAUCAACAAGGGCGAGAAGGGGAUCACGGUGCUGGCUGGUGAUACGCUGCCGAUCGAGGUGUACUGCCACAUCCCCAUCAUGUGCGAGGACAGGAGCCUCCCCUACGCGUACGUCCCUUCCAAAUCGGACCUGGGAGCUGCUGCCGGCUCGAAGCGCCCAACCUGCGUCAUCAUGAUCAAGCCUCACGAGGAGUACCAGGAGGCCUACGACGAGUGCCUGGAGGAGGUGGAGGCCCUUCCCCUUCCGCUGUGAGGGGCCGGCCAGGACUGGCAGUGCCCGCAGGCAUGCAGGGUGGCCACGACGGGCUCCUGGCUGUGCCCUGAUCUGCGGGGCCGGGCACCAGCCAGGGUGGUUGUAGCCACACUGCUGAGAGGGCAGCACAGGGGGUGCCAUGGGGGCAAAUAAAGGUGUUGGGGGGUUUGUA